GUCAGUCGCGUGUUGAAAUUUGAUGAAUUAAAUUCUAAGAAUGAAUUUUGAGAAAUUCUGGAAAGUUUUGUUGUUAAUUAAUGUUUCAUUAUUGGCAGCUCAUGCACAGUACCAAAGUGCAACAUGUGAAUAUAAAAUUGAUGAAUUCGAUGAAUACAAAUGUGAAUUAACGCUGAACAUUCCGAACGGAAUUGCACUUAUUGAUGAAAUUCGAGGAACGCACGAGGAAAAUAAAACUGAUGAAGAUGUGACAAUUAUUGAAACUACAUUCGUGUCCAGUGCUGAGUACAUUCCGUCCAUAAUUUGUGACAGAUUUAAAAAUGUUGAGAAACUUUUUAUUCAAACUGGAUUGGAAAAAAUUGACACAAAAGCUUUAAAAAGUUGCAAAAAUCUUCAGCAUUUGAACCUGUUUUUUAAUAAAAUUCGUGAAAUUUCGGAAGAUGCUUUUGUUGAGAAUACGGAACUGAAUUAUUUGGACAUCAGAGGGAACCAGCUGACAACUUUACAUCCAAAGUUAUUCAAAAACCAAAACGAAAGCUUGAAAACUUUGCAUCUUCAAGGAAAUCCAAAUUUGUUGCUUUCUUCUGAGUUGUUCAAGUCAUUGUCAAACCUAACAUCAUUAAGCCUCAGCUCUUACCAUCCUGGAUGGUUCAGCACACUCGAUAGCCUUGAGGAACUCUAUCUUGGACCUAGCGACAACAUAGAACUUCCAAAAAGUCUCUUUAGCUCCCUCAAAAGCUUAAAACUUUUGUCAUUAAACGAAAAAAAUCUCACAACUCUUCAUGCUGACUCAUUCGGUGAUUUACCAAAUUUAUCACGUCUGUGGCUUAAAAAUGGAAGAAUUGAGGCAAUUGAUGAGAAAAUAUUCAAACAAACUGGAAUUAAUGAUAUUAAUUUAGAAGGCAAUGUGUGUGCUGAUGAUAGAUUUAUUGGUGAUAAAAGUGAGAUUAUGAAAAAGUUGAGGAAGUGCUUUGAUAAUUAUAGAAACAGAAAGAACUAAGUUAAGAUUUGUAAGAGAUAUGUGAAGGAUGUGGAAUUUAUUGAUUAAUUCUGCAUCAUCGGAAUAUGUUAAUAAUAAAAGUUAAUUAAAAAUUUAAGUUUUAAGAAAGUUUUGGUUAAGUUUUGAAUAUCUUCAGGUUCAGUGACGGUCAUGUACUGUUUCAAUAUAGGUCUGGUCAUCUAUAUAAUUAUGUGUAGUAUUACUUCGGUUUCCUUACAGUUAAAUUGUGUUCCUUAGAUCUUUUUUGAUCAAAGACAUUCCUGGAUGGUAAGCCAUGACAAAAACCGU